AGUUUACUGCAGCUGACCAAUAGACCAACAUGAAGCUCCUGUUGACAUUGUUGCUGGUCGCCAUGCUGGCUACCUUGAGCCAGGCUGGUGGACACGUUGGCUUUGUUGGAGGUCACGGUGGUGGAUAUGGAGGUGGAUAUGGCGGAGGCUAUGGCGGUGGAUAUGGUGGUGGCUACGGAGGUGGAUAUGGAAGAGGAUACGGAGGUGGAUACGGUGUUGGUGGCGUAUCAAACAGCAUCUAUAACAUCGCAGGUCCCAGACAUGGUGGAUACAGUUAUGGCGGCCACGGAGGAUAUGGUGGCGGCCAUGGAGGUUUUGGUGGCGGCUAUGGCGGUGGCUAUGGUGUAUAUGGUGGUGGCUAUGGCGGUGGCUAUGGAGGUGGCUAUGGCGGUGGUUAUGGGGGAUAUGGUGGUGGCUAUGGAUACGGGAAAUAGACGACCGUGGAAGAUGACCAGCAGGAGAAUGUAAUAAAUAUCGAAAUACAAAUAAAUUGUUAAUAAUAAAAUAACGAAUUACAUUCACGAUU